CCUUGCUGUGUGGAGGCGCAGUUGAUCGCCCGCCUCCUUCCUUGAUUGCUCAGGCUCGCCUUGCGUAGUCAGCUCCAUUACGCGAGGUGACGCGUGGGUGCCCGUAGAUUCUGGAGGCAUCGUCCUCGUAUUUCCACACAGGACGUCCUUAACGUUCAUUCGAGACAAUCGCUCGCGGUUUGCACCGAUUCUAUCCCCAUAUCGAGCGAUUAUUCCUCUCGAGCUUCGGCGGCGACGGUAACCAUGCUCGGGCCGGACGUGCCUCAUCGCGUGGGUUCAGACAGCCGCGACGAUGGCGCCUUCUCCUUCUUCGGCGGAGCCAGCACCGCGAGCACCAGCAACGCCACCGCCAGCACCGGCACCAAGGAGCCUGAAGCUAGCUCCGCCUCCCUCCACCCAUUCGCCGCGUUCUCCUCCGCCAAACAAGUUUCCACCGCAAAUAUUAACAGCAACACCGCACCCGAUGGCACCGAAACCAACGCCACUUCAUCCACCACAACUGCGCACCCCUUCCGACCCCCUGGAAAGAGCCAAUCAGCCGCCGCCACGUCGUCUCUCGCCUCCCCUCCCAUGGUAGCUCCUGCGUCCACGCCUCUUGAGAGAAGCAGAGAGACCGAUGCACGCGCUGCCAGCACUGGGGGAGCAGCAGGGGGUGCUACAGUGAACAGUGCUACAGCAGUGGCAGCAUCAGGAGCAGCAGCAGCAGCAGCAGGUGGGGGUGCAAGGCGUCAGCCGCGGAAGAAGUUCAUUCCGGAGCAAGGCAUGGGGCAGAUGAGCUGGCGCAAGGCCAGCGCUGCUGCUGCCAACGACAUAGCUCGGUACCGCAUGCAGCACCAAGGGGCGAUACGCAUGGAAGAGGUGAAGAGACACAAGAGGGAGGACGACGCGUGGACCGUGGUGCGCGGGAGAGUGUACAACAUCACGCCCUACCUCGACUUCCACCCGGGAGGGAAGGCAAUUCUAAUGAAGGGGGCUGGCAAGGACUGCACUGCGCUCUUCAACAAGCACCAUGCAUGGGUGAACGCUGAGUUUUUAUUGGACCAGUGCUUCCUCGGCAUGCUCAUUCCCGAUGACUGACUCGCCACGUGCUGACAACUCAACUCAUGCCAGUAGCAUGCUCUACCUGUGCUGCCUGACGCGCCUCCUGGCCCGCUGCAUGCUCAUUCCCAAUGACUGGCUGUGAGGGGAGCCGAACCAUGCGUGCUCGCUGCUCACUGCUCAGCAUGCUAACUGUAUGCUCCGAUACCACCUGCAUGCAUGUCCAUGCAUGUGAGGCCGCGGACUACCACCACCUGCGCAUCCUGCUGGGACUGCUACUACAGUAGCAUAUGAGCCUUCAUUGCUAACUGGUUGUUCUGAUAUGAAGAUUAGUGCUACCCAUUUAUUAGUGCUUCCCUGAGCCACUAGGCCUCUCCAUGCCACUAUGCUUCCCCGCGCCACUAUUCUACCCCGUGCCACUGUGCUUCCCCCUGUGCCACUAUGCUUGCCGGCACCACUAAGCUUCUACCCAUGGAAGCAGUAACAGUUUCAGGGCAGUGAACUGGACUGCACUGGCAUAAUGGAUGGUCAGGUCAGAGGACACUAGAGAGAGCCGAGGGAACAUGGUGUGGACAACGGCCCUAAGAGGAGGUGUUACACUGCUGGUUACCACCUCGCCACAGCUUUGGAUAAUGCAGCGGAGCCUACACAGGCCGGCAAACUUUCGUGUGAACAAGAAUCUAUCAUUGAUGCAUUUUUGUUUCACCUCAUGCAAGGGUAGAGAGGGAUGAUGGCGUGUGAAGAAUACAAUGGGAGACUUGGU